CUCUUCACGAACAAAGGGCAGCAAACUCGUUGAGCUUGACUUCCAGCUGAAGCCCAUGAUGUCUGAUGCCGGAGCUGAAAACGGUUCGAGUGCAGGUGAAGGUGAUCCCGAUUCUCCUCCAAGGAGGUCUUCGAUAGGUGACGAGGACUUGCCAAAUCAUUCGGCGACGGAGAGCUACGUCGAGCAAGAAGAAACCCACGAGCGAAUCGCAAUCGGAGAGGGUACUUCCGACCCAGAUGAGGCUGUUGGAAACCAUUGUGAGAAGAUGAAGGAUGAAAUCAAGGACGCGGAUGAUAAAUUGGAUGGUGCGAAGAGCUGAGGGUGAAUCCACUGGUUCCUGGGAGUUUGCAUCAUGAUUCUGUGAUUCCCCCCGGGAACAAAGGGCGCUGAUAUGUAAGAAAUAAAUCAAAUGUAAUGAAGCCGCUUUCC